AUGGCGGAGUCUGUCAGUCACGGGACGUUGAUCAAUCCGUGCUUCUUUCACUUGCAGAAGUUGGAGCUGGAGCUCAAAUGCCCCAUGUGGUACGUUCGCGCUGUAAAUUUUCUACCUUUUUCGUAUAUCAGUACAAUACAGAGUAUGCAAGGUGUCGACCCUGUGUUAUGGCGCAAGCAUCUGUAGAACCCAUUGAUGGAGAUCCAUUACCGAUAUGUGUGGGGUUGGUACGGAAGAUGAGGGUUCAUAGGAAAUCCCUCUCGCUGAUAUAGAUGCGUACUGCUGAAGAUCUUCCCUCAUUUGAGUGCGGAGGACGAAAGGUGCACAAUAUGGUCGUAGACCUAGCCGAAGUACUACAUGCUUGGAGAAACUCAUGGUGAAAAUUCUUGGAAUUAUCAAUCAGUUGGAAUACAUGGAGAUUGACGCUUGGAAUUAUCGUCUCUUUGGCCAUUUAGAUAUCAUCAUGAACGUAUCUACAUAAAAGAAUUCUUGGUCUCAUUGAAAUUCAAGGAUUUGAGCGUAGACUGAAUUUUCAAUUGAUUCCAUCGAUGAACAACGUGGAAUUUCCCAUGAAUUAGUUGAUCAGUGUGAAUCUCUAUUUUGAAGUAGAUAGUGAGAUGGCAGUGAUUGCUGAGGGAAAUAUGGCUCAUGUUUUAUCCUCUUAUUGAUUUAUUUAUCUGGAAUUUCAUUCCCUUUUGUAUCCUUCUCCAUCCUUUCUGAUACCGUGUUUUAUGCUCUUGCAGCUUAAAUCUACUGAAACGUCCAGUGCUACUGCCUUGUGAUCAUAUAUUUUGCAGGUUUGGUAAUUCACUACUGUGUCUUUGUUUGUGAAUCCCAUGUAAAAAAUAUAAUGAACUCUGCUAGCUCGCUAUUAUUUACAGUUCUUGCAUUACGAGUUCAGUGGAAGGCAGUUUAAGCUGCCCCAUCUGCACAUUAUCCCUUCUUCCUCGAGGUAUAGGCUUUAUUUUUUCCUUUCAGUUUUACACAGAUGUUGGAACACGUUUCACUUAUCUAAUGUCUCUCGUGUUUUCUUUUCCCAGAACUGAGGCGUGCUUCGCAUAUGGAAACUAUGGUGAACAUAUAUAAAAGCAUGAGUGCCGCUUUUAAUGCAAAUUUUUGCCAACCAAGGGCAGAAGUCAGUUUGCCUGGUGUGUUUGCUUGCUUGUUUAAUUCGCUAAACAAAUUUGUCCUUUUUGUUUUGUUAGAUAGUUGGCAACGUGUUUAUAUGUUCUAUGAAUUUUUUGUAGAAAUGAAGAGGUCGACAAGUAAGGGUCAUGAUUUUGGUGAAAAAAUCAUUGAAAAAAAAUCUCAGAAUGGAGAUGUGCAGAAUAUCUGUAGAUCAAAACCAUGCAGUACAAGAGAUGACGUCCUACCUGAUCAAGUACGAUGCAGUCCACCCUCAUCUGCUGGCCCCAAGUAUUCCGAUGAUGAUAGCAAUGAUCGAGGGAGUGUCCAUGUAAGUUCCUACAUGAUAAACUCAAAUUGCACGCACGAACAUAUUUUCUGUUGUUGGAUGAAGCUUAGACGCAAGAUGAGGCUAAAUUUCUAUUUAAGUGCAGACUUUGGCUUAACUGAUUUUAUGAAAAAGCUCCUUUCUUUCCAAAACUUUUUUUUGUCGAACACCCAUGUUUUUUAAAGAGAAUUCCAUCCACGUGGUUCACCUGCGAUCCUGUUGAACAGCUUUCAUUUUGAGCUGCCCUGGGGCAACACUUACGGACUUGUUCUGUAAUAUAACAAAGUAAUACUGUAGAGUCAAGGGGUAUGCACUGAAUUUUGACUGGUUUCAGCUUUGUUGUUUAAUCUGUGAACCUACUACUUGAAAAUUUUAUGAUUAUUGUUUAUAACAGUACACAUUGAUUCAAGUCUCACGUAAUUUAGAAAUAUGAAACAUUGAAAAUUCUACUAUUUCCGAAGGUUUCUUUUGUUGAUCUGUCAAUUUUUUCUUACCUGAACUCCUGUCUAAUUGGUUCGCUCCCAAAGUCUUAUGCCAGAGAUACGAUGGAUGAAUUGUAAAUCUAGAUCCAUGUAAUGAAGGAUACCUCCCCAGUUCUGUGGAAAUUUAUGUAUGACCUAAUUGGAUCCUCCAUUUGUGUGAAUUUAUAAUUGAUCUAUUCUCUCAAAUGCACAUUUUUCUUCUCAUUUCUUCUAAAAAUUUGUACGUGUUCAUCAACGGGUGGCACAUGCAGAAGGGAAUCCGAGAUUGGACUAAUAGAAGAUUCAUCCUUUUAUUGUCUGCUCAGGGAGCGGAUUGUCAAAUCAACAAAACUAGAUUUCACGGCCAAAAAACAGACUGUACAAACAGGAAAUCUACUUCAGAAAUCGAAGAGGAUCAAUGUAGAGAGCCGAAGAGACUUAAGUUGAACAGUGAGCCUUCUUGUGAUAUUACGAAAACUUACUUGGAUGAAAAGUCCAAGGGGUUUGGACGGCAACAUGUACAGCAGGGUGUCGCUACGUUUAAUUUGGAAUCAGAAGAUCAGGGUAUAAUUCGUGUCACACCUUCCAGCGAACCAAAAAAGUUCACAUCAAAUCCAGAUUUUACAUGUGCUUUCUGUCACUCUUCUAAAGAGUCGGAGGUAAUAAUAUUCCACCCUCAGCUUCAGAUAGACAUUGACCAUCUUGCAAUUUUGUAAUCAUCAUGCUGCGAAUUUCAGGCCUCUGGACCUAUGCUGCAUUAUGACAAUGGAGAACCUGUAGACACAGAACACGCAGCACGGCCUCAUAUAUUGCAUGUUCAUCAGAAAUGUAUCGAAUGGUAAGGUGCACGUUGGUCCUCGUCAAUGUCAUUUUUAGUCAAGGACAUAGAGAAUCGUCAAUGCUGAAGUCGUCUGAUUCAUCCUGCCUAUGCAUAUCUAUCUGAACUUUGGAUUCGUUGCUCGAGGCUUACUGAUUUUGUUCGCAUCCCUGCUGAGAACUUAGGGCGCCUCAAGCUUUCUUUGAUGGAGACAAUGUUAUGAAUUGGGAGGCUGAAAUUUCAAGGGCUUCGAAGAUCAAAUGCAGCAGUUGUGGCAAGAAAGGGGCAGCCCUUGGUUGCUAUGCUAAGUCUUGCAGAAAGAGCUUCCAUGUUCCCUGUGCUGUUGAGAUCCCUGGCUGCCGAUGGGAUUGUGUAAGCCAUCAGCCCUUGCUUGAAAUCUUUAAGCAUUAUAUAGCAUACUGUGAAGAUCGUAACUGGAUUGUGUCUUGCCUUUGUCAGGAUCAUUUUCUUGUUCUCUGUCCUUCUCACUCUGAUCGAAAGUUGCCCAUUGAUAAAUCUAAUCGAAGAAAGAGUCUGAAAAGUACCUCUUCUGCAUCUUCAAAAAUGUAAGCUUACACCUAACACUAAUCGUCUUAACAGCUUAACAGUGCUCUCUUGUUUCAUUCUUAUCUUUUAUUUCAUAGUAUUCCUUUUAAUUUCUUCAGAAACGGCCAUCAAUCGCCAAAUCACCCAACAACUUUUAUACAACAUGAUGAGGAACUUUGGAUGGCUCCUCCUGAAGUGACGAGAGGAUGGGUUCUAUGUGGAUCUGCUCUUUCAGCUGCAGAGAAGGUGUGGUUGGUCCAUCCAUCCCUAUUUAGGCCUCGUUCCCCAUUCUGAAAAAGAAAAACUUUGCAUGCAAGUCUUGUUGCUCAUAUUGUGCUACUCUGCAAAUUCAUAUCUUUUCAUCUCAGGAUACUGUAGCCAAAUUUGCAAGAUUGACGGGUGCGGUGUUGAGCAAGGAUUGGAGACCAAGUGUUACUCAUGUCAUCGCAUCAACUGAUCCAUUCGGAGCUUGCAGUAGAACCCUAAAAUUCCUCAUGGCCAUUUUGAGUGGAAAAUGGGUUCUUACCAUUGACUGUAAGCCCAUCCUGCAUUCUACAUUUAUUUUUUUCUAAUAGCGGUAGCUCAAUUGUCUCGAUGGCUAAGACAAGAACUUGUUGUAGUGUUAUUCUAACCGCGCAAUGCUGCUGUGUGAGAUUUGUCGAGGAAUCUUGUUGAUGUGGUUUUAUUUGUUCCUUGAUGUCAACACUUGCAGGGAUUAAGGCUUGUCUUGAUGCUAGGCAACCUGUUGCAGAGGCUAGCUUUGAAAUCUCUCAUGAUAUCCAUGGCUGUUUUGAUGGCCCCAGAAAUGGAAGAAUCAGAAUCUUAGAGCAGGUCUCUCUCUCUCUCUCUCUCUCUCUCUCUCUCUCUCUCUCUCUCUUCCCCAACCCAUCCUCUCAACUCAUGCUCAUGGACUUGCCUUGUUGCAACUCUUUCCAGGGACCGAAAUUAUUCUGCGGGCUGAGCUUUUAUUUCAAUGGCGAGUUCAUUCCCACCUACAAGGGGUAUCUGAAGGACUUGAUCUUCGCUGCUGGAGGGCACAUCGUGGAAGAAAUCACAGAGAUGCCCCGCUCAACAGGCUUGGUGGUCUACAGUCUCGACCCUCCCCAGGAAGGCAACUCAGCAGACACCAAGGGGCUCAUAGACGUGAGGCUGCAAGAGGCAAAGGCCGUAGCGGCCAGAACCGGCGCAGAGGUCAUUGCCCACACUUGGGUCUUGGACUCCAUAGCUGCCUGCAAGGUUCAGUCUCUCUCCCAUUGA